AUGGCACUCAAGCGUAUCCAGAAAGAGUUGACCGACCUGGGGAAUGAUCCGCCGGCUAAUUGUUCAGCGGGCCCUGUCGGAGAUGACAUGUUCAACUGGCAGGCGACCAUCAUGGGACCGCCAGAUUCAGCGUACACAGGCGGGCCUCCCAAAGUGGGCUUCACGACGAAGAUCUACCACUGCAACGUCAACGCCAACGGAGCUAUAUGCCUCGACAUUCUGAAGGACCAGUGGAGCCCCGCGCUGACAAUCUCAAAAGUGCUGCUCUCCAUCUCAUCGCUCCUCACCGACCCGAACCCGAACGAUCCGUUGGUGCCAGAGAUCGCCCAGCUGUACCUGAAGGACCGUGCGAAGCACGACGCGACGGCCAGGGAGUGGGUGUCGAAGUACGCCACAUGA